AUGCUCGCCGUCUCGCCCCCUCCCCGCCUUCCUCUCCUCACCUUCACCCCCCUCCGCGCUUUCCCUCCCCUCCCACCUCGACGCCGCGGCCUCUCCCGCCGCCGCAUCCGCCACAGUAGCACCCCUCUCGUCCUGCUCCGCGCGCGCGCAGGGCGUCACGCUGGUAUCGUGAUCGACGUCGACGAGAUGGCUGAGAACGGGGACCGCGACCUCCCCGUGGACGUAUCGUUCACGAGGAGGCUUCCCCCCGCGCUCACUGUCGGUGACGGCCUCGACGCACUGCUGCGGGCCGCCAAUGAGGUCAAGGUCACCCCGCCUGCUGGCGCCAGGAGCGGCGUGAUCAGGUUCGAGGUACUUGUUCCACCCAGUACAAAGGCACUUAAGUGGUGCUCUCAGUUUAGAGGAUCAUCAUUGUUUCCUCAGUUUUAUUUAUCAAGGAAGCUGACGUCUGCUCCAUCAUUUCAACUUGAAAUCUGUGGCAUUGGUUCCGCAAUAUGUUUUCAUGGUUCCUACCUAGUAAAGAAUGAAUUUGAUUUGGUAUCGAGAUAUAUUUCUUCUGAUUCACACUUGAUAAAGGCCUACGGAUUUGUAGACAUGAAUUAUGUCAAGGAAUCGCCAUUAGUAGAGGAGAAACUUGGCUCAUAUUACUUCUUCAUCCCUCAAGUUGAGUUGAGUGAGUUUGAUAGUUGUUCCAUAUUAUCAUCUACCCUGGUUUGGGACGAUUCUAUUUCUCACAAGUUCGAGGAUGCGGUUUCUUUAUUUGAAUCUUGUUUUGAUCAGAUACAAAAUAGCUAUGAUUCUUCAGCUAGCAUUUCUCACAAAGGCUUGGUACCAAGUUACAUUUCUGGAGAUGCACAUUUGUCAGAGACUGGAAAUGCUCAGUUGGUGUAUUUGGAUGCAGAAGUUCUAGCCUCAAUAGAUGCCAAAGCUAGUGUGCAAAAGGAGAACUUUCUGACUUCUGAUCAGUCAUUUGUUAGAUUUUCACCACAGCUAUUCCUUUAUUCGAACAUGGAGUUAUAUUUGCAACGCAACACGAUUGAAUUUUUCAUCAAGAGUUGCUCUAACAUAAAUUUGGCAUGGGCAUCCCUUAUAGUUGAAGAAUGUGUUAGGCUCGGUUUCACGUACUUUUGUAUAGCUCCAGGGUCGAGAUCAUCCCCGCUUGCACUUUCUGCUACAGGCCAUCCUUUGACAAAAUGCAUAUCAUGUUAUGAUGAACGUUCACUUGGAUUUCAUGCUCUUGGCUAUGGGAGAGGUUCUCGAAAGCCAGCAGUAGUAAUCACAUCAUCAGGAACCGCUGUAUCAAAUCUUCUUCCUUCAGUGGUUGAGGCAAGUCAAGAUUUCGUACCAAUUAUAUUACUCACAGCUGACCGUCCUCCUGAGUUGCAUGAUGCUGGAGCUAACCAAGCCAUCAAUCAGGUCAAUCAUUUCGGUACCUUUGUAAGAUAUUUUUUUAAUCUCCCCCCACCUGGAGACCAAAUCCAUGCAAGAAUGGUUCUCACUACACUUGAUUCAGCAGCCUACUAUGCAAUGCAAGCACCACAAGGCCCAGUGCAUAUAAACUGUGCUUUUAGAGAACCACUAGAUUACACUAAUCAACAUUGGAAUGUUGACUGUUUGCGAGGUUUGGAUAAGUGGUUUAAAAAUAGCGAACCAUAUACUAGAUACCUAAGAAUGAAAGCAGUUUCUGCAUUUGGUAAUUACUCUUGCUCAGUAAUGGAGGUCCUGGAGAUCAUAGAGAAGGCAGAACAAGGGCUUCUUUUAGUGGGUGCUAUUCAUACGGAUGAAGAUAUGUGGGCUGUAGCUUUACUAGCUAGGCACCUAUCCUGGCCAGUUGCUACAGAUAUUCUGUCUGGACUGCGAUUGCGGAAAGUUGUAAAUUCAUUGCCAGGGCUUGAUAAGAGCAUUUUGUUUAUAGACCACAUUGAUCAAAUUCUAUUGUCUGAUUCUGCUAAAAACUGGAUAAGCCCGGAUGUCAUUGUUCAGAUUGGCAGCCGUAUUACUAGCAAACGAGUGGGAAUGUUUCUAGAGACUUCCUUCCCAUCUUCCUACAUCUUGAUCGAUAGACAUCCGUGUCGUCAUGAUCCUUCACAUGUUGUCACUCACAGAAUACAAGCUAAUGUAGCAGAAUUUGCUGCUAGUUUGUGCCGGUGUACUUUUCAAAGAAAGAGAAGCAGAUGGACAGAAAUUUUGACCAUUCUUAAUUCAGUGGUUUCUCAGGAGAUAAUGUUUCAGAUACAUGCAAAGUGCUCACUUACAGAACCAUAUGUUGCUCAUGUAAUUGGGAAGUCACUUUAUGGUGAUGCUGUCAUGUUUGUUGGGAACAGCAUGGUCAUCCGAGACUUAGACAUGUUUGGUAACGGUUGGAUGGAUUACACUACAAAUGGAAAUAAUGUGAUGACACAUCAUUUUCCAGACUUUGUUGGCACAGCAGUGGCUGGGAACAGAGGAGCAAGUGGCAUUGAUGGUUUAAUCAGCACAGCAAUCGGAUUUGCUAUUGGAUCAAACAAGCAUGUAUUCUGUGUGGUUGGUGACAUAUCUUUUCUUCAUGAUACAAAUGGAUUGGCACUUCUCAACCAAAGGGCAUGGAGGAAACCUAUGACAAUAAUUGUUGUCAACAACCAUGGUGGUGCAAUCUUCAGCUUUCUACCAGUUGCAAAAACUGCUUCACCACAGAUUUUGGAGAAAUUCUUCUACGCCUCUCAUGACAUAUCAAUUUCCAAACUAUGUGCUGCACACAGGGUAAAACAUUUUCUAGUUCAAACAAAAGCGGAGCUUCAUGAUGCAUUGGUGAAAUCCAAUAUGGAACAGGUUGAUUGUGUGGUAGAAGUAGACAAUAGUAUUGAUAGCAAUGCCAACUUUCAUAGGAUCAUGAGCAUGUUCUCUAACUAUUCUACAAGUCAGUAUCUGGCCUAUCUUCUAGAAGCUCCAUGUCUUAAGAGUGAGGUAGAUGCCAUACCUGUUGACAGAAUUGAUUCAGUGGAAUGCAUGUUGUACAGAAUCCAGCUUUCUGCACCACGUACUUCAGGGCUAUCUGAUGGUAGAUUCAUUCAUGAAGGAUUUGUUCUGAAGCUUCGUGUGGAUGAUAACAUUGUAGGAUUUGGUGAGGUUGCACCAAUCGAAAUUCAUGAGGAGGAUCUGUUGGAUGUCGAAGAGCAACUUAGGUUUCUUCUCCACAGGGUGAAAGAUUCUGUGCUAGAUGUUAUUCCCUUACUGAGAGGGUCCUUUUCCAAUUGGAUAUGGACAAGCCUCGGGAUUCCUCCUUCUUCGAUAUUCCCAAGUGUUAAAUGCGGUUUGGAGAUGGCUAUUCUUAAUUUACUUGCAUCACAACAGAAAUGUAGUUUGUUCAAAGUUCUCGCUGGUUGUGACCCCUUGGGCCGAGACGAGAAUGUUAUUGAAUAUAGUCAGAACAGUUCUGGAAGCAUACAAAUUUGUGCACUCGUAGAUUGCAAUGGCUCUCCAAUGGAAGUAGCACUUGCUGUUGCCAAACUGGCUGCUGAAGGUUUUACCACAUUUAAACUGAAGGUUGGCCGCCAUGAAAGCCCCAUUGAGGAUGCGACUGCUCUUCACAAAAUAAGAAAAGUUGUUGGGUACCAAAUCAAUAUCCGUGUUGAUGCAAAUCAGAAAUGGACAUAUGAACAGGCAGUUGAAUUUGGAUCUAGGGUAAAAAGUCUUCGUUUGGAAUACAUUGAGGAACCAGUGAGCUCUGUAAAUGAUCUCAUCAAGUUCUGUGAAAACAGUGUCUUGCCUGUUGCACUCGAUGAGACUAUUGACAACCUUAAGGGGGAUAUAAUUCCUAAGCUUCAUCAAUUUGUUCAUCCAGGAAUAGUUGCUCUUGUUAUAAAACCUAGUGUUGUUGGAGGUUUUGAGAAUGCAGCUCAUAUUGCAAAAUGGGCACAGCUACAUGAUAAGAUGGCUGUCAUCAGUAGCACGUAUGAGAGUUCUAUAGGUUUGGCAUCCUAUAUACAGUUAGCACAUUAUGUUGACCAACAGAGCUCUAUAGUCUCCAGAAUAAGAAACAAAGAUAAAUGUAGAGCUGCCGCACAUGGACUUGGAACGUAUCAGUGGUUAAGGGAAGAUGUAUCAGAACAAAAGUUAAAGAUCCAUGCAUCCCCACUUGGUGACGGAAUCCGAGCCUCAGUAGAAGAUGCCCAUGGUUAUCUUCACCAUUUAAACAUAAACAAUGACAAGAUAGAAAGGACGUAUGGUGAAGAAAAACUUAGGUCAUAUUCUAUCCAAGUUGAUGCGGACGAUUGUUCUUAUCUAGUCAAACUUCGAGAGGCUGGUGAUCAUACAAAUGAAAAGGUUGUUCUUUUACUUCAUGGAUUUCUUGGUACGAGUGAAGACUGGGUUCCCAUGAUGAAAGCUCUUGCCCCCAGUGCACGAGUAAUUGCAAUUGAUCUUCCUGGUCAUGGCGAGUCACAGAUAAUGCAACGUCACAAAAAUUCAGAACAAUUCAUUGUAACAGUUCAACUAGUUGCAGAUUUAUUGUUGAAGUUGAUGUGCCACAUAACUGAUGGUGAGGUGGUGGUGGUUGGCUAUUCAAUGGGUGCAAGGAUUGCACUUCACAUGGCACUAAAUCAAGAUCACAAGAUUCGUGGAGCUGUUACAAUAUCGGGAAGUCCUGGAUUGAGAGAUGAAGCAAGCAGAAGACGUCGUAUCGCUAUUGAUAAAUCAAGAGCCCAGUUCCUGAUGUCUUGUGGACUUGAAUGUUUCCUUCAGACAUGGUACUCUGGAAAACUGUGGAACAGUCUACGAGAGCAUCCUGAGUUCGACUCUCUAGUGAGGACACGCAGUAAACACAAAAACAUCAAAGCUCUAGCUAAGGUUCUUGCAGACUCAAGUGUGGGGAGACAAAAGUCCCUGUGGGAAGACCUGAAGCACUUGAAGAGGCCUUUACUCAUCGUUGCUGGUGAAAAGGACGCAAAGUUUAAAGACAUCUCUCAGAAAAUGCGCAUGGAGAUAAUGAACCACUCAGAAUGUGGAUCUGAUGGUCCUAAAGGGAAGGAACUUUGUGAAAUGAUCAUUAUCCCAGAUAGCGGCCAUGCUGUGCAUGUUGAGAACCCUCUUCCUUUGGUGAGAGCCGUGAAGAAAGGUUUCAAGUUCGUGGUGCCCAAAAAGAACUGA